UACCGACCAUAUGCGGUGAGCUUUGCGAUGGCGAAUAUAUAAAUUGAAGGCCAUGUUCAAUCCGAUUGCCAGUGAGCCUUAUCUCCCCUCGCCUGCCAGGAACCCCGCAAUGAAUACUGUCAAGAGCUUCCUCGUCCAAGCCGCGAUCACCAGUGUCGCUCUUGGGCAGUUCUGCGAACACCAGUGGGAGGGGAAAUUCGCAGACCAUGAGGUAGAUGGCGUCCCGUAUCUGCAAGCGAGGCAGAACGUUGCUCCGCCUCCAUUAGAGAUUCGACCCCUCAUCGUGAAUGGUCCAUCAAGCAAUCGUGUCGAUCUCAUUUUCUUCGGUGACGGAUAUACCGAAGAUGAGAAGGACAAGUUCUUCGCCGAUGCUCUGUUCCUCGCAAAUAACAUUACUGACGGACAGACAUUUUUCGACGUGCUUCCUGUAUUGAACUUCUGGGCUGGAUUUUCACCAAGCAACGAGAGUGGCGUUGGUACUGGUGGAAAGCCCCUGGACACCGUCUAUGGACUUUACCGCGAUGGUACAGAGCUUCGUGGUGUUUAUUACGACAAGCCCGAAGUAGCACGUGCUGCCUGUCAGUCAACAGACGCAUGCGAUUUUCCCAUUCUUCUUGGGAACGACCCAUUAUACGGGGGAUUAGGUGGUACCUUCACCGUUACAACCUCCUCGCCUAAUAAUGGACCUGUGAUUAUUCGCCACGAGUUAGGCCACUCGAUCAUUGGCGUAGGCGAAGAAUACGACGGCGGUGAAGUGUACACCGGCGUCAAUGCGGCAAAAUCCACCAACUCGGUGCCCUGGACACAGUGGUAUACAGAUGCGUCUACCGAGCCUAAGAUCCAACGGACAAAUAUGCCAGUACAGGAAUACCCUUGGACACUGCUGAAUACGUCGCAGAGCUGGAUCCAGACUUUCACCUCAGCAGGCACAUAUUCCACUCAUCUCCUCCAAGUCAGCGUAAGCGGCGUGACGGCAACUAGUGACUUGCUGGUAGAGAUCGAUGGGAAGGACGCGGGCUGGGAAUGGAAUCCCGCAGUUGGAGAGGAUCGCUAUAUUUAUAAUAUUAAGAUCAACGAGGCGCUAACUCCAGGAGAACAUGAGAUUAAAUUCACACUACUAAACGAGGAGAGGCAAGGAAGCGCGCAGCUUUGCAGUUUCGAGGUUCUUGAGUAUGGGGAUGAGGAAGAGUUCGACUUUGAGCCACGAUACCACGGAUUAUAUCCGACAUUUUCCAGCAGAAACGUAACCUCAUACAGGCCGACAAACGAUCUUUGCCUAAUGCGAGACACCUAUUCUUCCAAUUUCUGCGACGCCUGCAUCGAGGGACUGUGGCUGUCUCUGCUCGGCCGACUCGCCCUGAUCGACAACAUCACGCAGGAUGCUCAGCCGGACGGCUCGACGAACGCCACUCUCAACUUGCUUCCCCUUGCGAAUCUUAGACAAGUGCCAAACCCGCAUCAGGAAGCCUACACAAUUCUAUGGUACGGCGUUGACGGGACGACGGUUUUGGAGGAUUGGACUAAUAGCACAACUGCACUUCUUGGGCCGGACAUCACGGAGUUUGGCGUUGAGGUUAGGUUUACGACGGAGCAGGUCAGAGUUGAUAGUGCCGGAGUGCUAGUGCAAAAGGAGAGAUAUUCAGUGGAAUAGUCGAGCUGUUACUAAAGCGUAUAGAUCACUUCGAUUACGUCGAUCUCUAGCAGGCUCAUAAAAUGGCUAUUAAUCUAGAGUACUCUUAAUCUAAUCCAGUAACGCCUAAAGCAAUAUAGGUAUACGUUCUAAAUUCGUAGCAACUUCGUUGACGGAAACGAUGCUACCAGCCCUAGCACGGCGCGAAUAAAGUGAAGUCCUGUUCAAUCAACGGACCCCUCCGUGCUAGAUCCUUGAGCUUGCUUUUCCAGCCAUUCUUCAUUAAUAUAGCGAUAAUCCUCCGGCCCAUAUGAAUCAUACAUCUCUGUAAGAGCAUUACUCUUCCGAAACGGAUCCAGUCCGAGGUCUCGUUGAAGUAAGUCGAAAUAAGGGACGGCAUCAAAGAUAAAAUUUGGGCCUUUAUUCCCCCACUCGGUGGGAUACCGCCACCUGCCGAAUCUAUUGUGCAGCACGGUCUCAUAUUGCAACUUCUCCAUCUCCGCCUUAUCGUCGAUGACCUUUGAAGGAUCCCUUGUCAAUUUUCCUGAAAAGUAGGCGCUGACCCAGAGCCCUGUGAUGUGAGCAGUAAUGACGUUGCUUAAAUUGGCUUGACAGCCUACGAAUGCUAUAUCCCGGGGGCGAAGGAAGCGAGGAGACGCAGGGACAAGAAAGCGGUGUAGCAUAUAUGGUGUCAGGGGUGUACGAGAUUUUUCACCAGUGCUG